AUGUAUCCUCUCGGGGCACCCCUCUGGCCUGGAGUUGGAUUCCUCUGUCUCCUACUCGCUGGGGCAACCUGGGCUCCCCCACCCAACCCACCGGACCCCAAGUUUGAAAGCAAAGCGGCCCUGCUGACAGCCCGCGAGCCUGAAGAGUUUCUGUGCUUCACCGAGAGGCUGGAGGAUUUGGUGUGUUUCUGGGAGGAAGCGGCAAGCGCCGGGGUCGGCCCGGACAACUACAGCUUCUCCUACCAGCUCGAGGGUGAGCCGUGGAAGCCGUGCCGCCUGCAUCAGGCGCCCACCACCCGCGGCUUGGUGCGUUUCUGGUGCUCGCUGCCUACAGCCGACACGUCGAGCUUCGUGCCCCUAGAGCUGAGCGUCACUGCGGCCUCCUCGGGCGCUUCACGCUACCGCCGUAUCAUCCACAUCAACGAAGUGGUGCUCCUAGACCCUCCCGCUGGGCUGCUGGCGCGGCGGGCAGACGAGGGCGGCCAUGUGGUACUGCGCUGGCUCCCACCGCCUGGGGCACCCAUGGCAAGCCUUAUCCGCUAUGAGGUGAACAUCUCGGCAGAGAACGCCGCUGGUGGCGCGCAGAGGGUGGAGAUCCUCGACGGCCGCACUGAGUGCGUGCUGAGCAACCUGCGGGGUGGAACGCGCUACACCUUCAGGAUACGCGCGCGUAUGGCCGAGCCGAGCUUCGGUGGCUUCUGGAGCGCCUGGUCCGAGCCUGUGUCGCUGCUGACGGCUAGUGACUUGGACCCCCUCAUCCUGACGCUCUCCCUCGUCCUCGUGCUCAUCCUGCUGUUGCUGGCCGUGCUAACCCUGCUCUCCCACCGCCGGACUCUGAAGCAGAAGAUAUGGCCUGGCAUCCCAAGCCCCGAGAGCGAGUUUGAGGGCCUCUUCACCACCCACAAGGGUAACUUCCAGCUGUGGCUGUACCAAACUGAUGGCUGUCUGUGGUGGAGCCCCUGCACUCCCUUCACAGAGGACCCACCUGCCCCCCUAGAGGUCCUCUCUGAGCGCUGCUGGGGGGUGACACAGGCAGUGGAGCCAGGGGCAGAUGAUGAGGGGCCCCUGUUGGAGCCGGUGGGCAGCGAGCAUGCCCAAGACAGCUACCUGGUGCUGGACAAGUGCUUGCUGCCCCGGAGCCCGCCCAGCGAGGACCUCCCACAGCCUGGUGGCGAUUUGGACACAGCAGCCAUGGAUGAAGCCUCAGAAGCAUCCUCCUGCUCAUCCGCUUUGGCCCUGAAGCCUGGGCCAGAGGGGGCCUUGGCUGCCAGCUUUGAGUACACCAUCCUGGAUCCCAGCUCCCAGCUCUUGCGCCCGAGGGCACUUCCCCCUGAGCUGCCCCCUACCCCACCCCACCUAAAGUACCUGUACCUCGUGGUGUCUGACUCUGGCAUCUCAACUGACUACAGCUCGGGGGGUUCCCAGGAAGCCCAGAGGGGCUCAUCCAAUGGCCCCUACUCCAACCCUUAUGAGAAUAGCCUCAUCCCAGCCCCCGAGCCUUCAACCCCGAGCUACGUGGCCUGCUCCUAGGACUCCAGCCCUCGGGUGCACGGGGACCCAGAAUGACCUCAAGUGCUACUCCAGGCCCCAGAUUUAUCCGGCAGGGUCAGUGAGGCCUGCUGACCUUGGCUUUCUGCUCAAUUCAUCCUGGUCAGAAAGUCACAACCUUGCAGUAUUUUUAA